AUGGCUGAACGAAAAAGUAAAUUACCCCAGGGAGGUACCGGUCGCUCUGCGGCCGGAGAAUCCUCUCCCACCGCACCGGAUUCGCCGGGGGUGGGCCGUCCCACGUACUCUGGGGACACGGGCAGCGAUGAAGAACGGUAUCAGAGGGAGCUGAUAAGGAGAUACGGGGCCGUUAAUUAUCUUGAGGCCCUCGAACUGCAUGUGGCAGAUAUGGACUCGGAGUGCACCGGGUCCUCAAUGUCGCUAAGAUCAGACGACAACCUUGGGGAGGCGAGAGGGAGUACCUCGCCCCCCAAGAAACAUCGAAAGAGGCGCAUCACGGAGAGGGGUCAGGAGGAGUUGGACUCCGACGACGACGAAGUGCAGCUAUCGUCUGCGGCUCGAAGGAGUAGGGCCAGAGGCCCUCCAACGGCUAAGAGGGGAGCGCGAGCGGCCAAGUCUGCGGCACGAUCGGGGACAGGGGUUUCGGCCUCUGAAGCCGGAUCGUCCAGGUCCGUCUCGCGCGUCCGUAGAGAGUCGGAAGAGAACGCCACGCUGGGCGCAGACGAGCUGGGCGCCAAGGUUGAAGAUAGUGCCCUUCAGGUCCUUGCUGCCGUGAAAAAGUCCAGCAACCUGAAGGGUACUAUCGUUGGCGAAAUCAACCGCGCCAUCCACACCAUCAGAUCGGCGUCGGGUGCUCUGAGGCUGAGGUCCACUAAUCAGGAGGAGGAGGCCCUCAGGAGGGAGGUGCGAAAACUCCGCGCGGAGCUGGACGACGUGAGGGAGACGAAGGCUGCGAUGUUGAAGGAGUCUGUCGAGGAGAGAAAGAAGUUCCGACAGCUCCAGAUGGCGUCACAGUCUUCCGCCGCGCUGGCCGAAGAACUGGCUGCGUUAAAGGCGGAAAGAGAAGGGUGGGAGAGGCAGACGCGGGACAGCGUUCGACAGCUACAGGAGCUUGAGCAGUCGAAUGCUCUCGACCGUGCCGCCCUUCACAAGGCACCACGUCAGUUGGAGGAGGCCAAAACCGCUGCCGAGUUGCCUCCAGUGGUCAUAUCAGGGACCACGGCGGAAGCGCCGCAAGGUGCCACGCCCCGGACCCUGACGGAGGACGCCGAAGACCGGAUUAUCCGGCGAGUAGGCGAAAUCAUGAACAACCGCUUCGCCGAGAUGGAGGAGCGGAUCUCGGCGAAGCGAACGCGGCCACAAAAGGCCGCAAAGAGUACGCCUACCGCCGGAUCAUCCAGUGCAGCGGCCGAUAGGGCCCCGCAGAUCGGGGAGCCCAGCGGAGGAGGUGUCCCGCCACCGUCGACCUCAGCAAACAAGGCGGGAUGGUCGACGGUGGUACGGCGCGGGAAGCGCAAGGGUGCUGGCGCAGGCCAGGCGGCUCCCGCCAAUGCGCGCCCGGGGAAGGGUCCACGCGGCGGCCCAACAGAGGAACCGCAACGGAAGACACCUGCGCGGAAAAAGAAGGUGAAAGCACGCCCUCCUCGGUCAUCCGCGGUGGUUCUCACCAUGAGGCCGGGAGCCGAGGAGAGAGGCGUCACCUACAGGUCGGUGCUCACCGAAGCGAAAGCCAAGAUCUCCUUGGCCCAACUCGGUAUCACCGACCUGAGGUUCAGAGUAGGGAGAACCGGGUCUCGUAUCCUGGAAAUCCCUGGAACGCACACAGGCGAGGCGGCAGACGCGUUGGCCGCCAAAAUUGAGGAGGUCCUGCCCGAGGACGUUCGGGUCUCCAGGCCAGUUAAGUCGGCCGAACUGCGGAUUGGAGACCUGGACGACUCGGUGAUGGUGGCCGACGUGGUCGUAGCCGUGAUGCGUGAGGGGGGUUGCCUGGAAUCCUCGGUGAAAACCGGGGAAAUCCGGCGCAACACCCAGGGUACGGGAUCUGUGUGGGUGCGGUGCCCUGUGGCCGCCGCAAAGAAGUUGGCCGAGGCCGGCCGGCUGAGAAUCGGGUGGGUGAUGGCGCGAGUACAGUCGCUGGAUCCGCGCCCUCAGCGGUGCUAUCGCUGCCUGCUUACAGGCCACGUGGGAGUGCGAUGCACCGCUGCGGAAGACAGCAGCGGAAUCUGUUUCCGCUGCAGCGAGCCUGGCCAUAAGGCCGCACGCUGUGCCGCGCCAUCACCGAAGUGUCGGUACUGUGCCGCGGCGGGUCGGAAAUCCGACCAUAGAGUGGGCGUCACUAACUUGUGUCGCCCCCCGAAGGCCCGAGCCGCGGCACGGUCCACAGCGGACCCCUCCUUUUAUAAACCAGGGCCUAUUGAGGUAUUGUUAGGUGCCGACGUGUUCGGUUAUAUUGUGCAGCCUGAGAGAUCGAUUUCUCUUCCUCAUGGUCUGACCGGCCUUUCAACCGUUUUUGGUUGUGUGUUGUCUGGACCUGUUGCUGGUUACCUUAGGACUGAAUCCUCUUCUGGCCAUUGCUCCGUCCAUCUCCUCAUUUCUAAGAGUAGGAUUGCCCCUAUCCGUACUCGGCUCACAAUUCCCAAGUUGGAAUUGCAAGGAGCUGUGCUCCUCACAAAAUUAAUUCAUCACGUUACCAUCUGCCUACAGAAGUGA